GGGGCGGGGCGGGGGGCGGUCGCGGCCGGCCGAGCGCAGGGCGGGCGCUGCCAGUCCUCCGCCGCCUCCCCCGCGCCAGCCGCGUCCCAGCCGCCGGAGCCCGCACGGCCUCGAGGAAAAAAAAAAAAAAAAAAAAAAGCACAGCGAGAAAAAAAGCCCCGGAACGGCACGGCCCGGCCCGGCCCGGCCCCCCAAGCAGCGCCAGCAGCGAGCUGAGCCACCCCCCUCCCCAUGGAGGAGCAGCCCCCUCCCCACCACCACCACCACCACCAUUACUACUACUACAGCCACCACCGCCCGCAGAGCCCCUACCUGCCGCCGCCCGACGGCCGAGCCCAGCCCAAGCCGCCGCUCCACAAGCACCCGCAGCACCAGGAGGCACCGAAGCGGAGAACAGGCUAUGGAGAGCUAAAUGGUAACGCAGGGGAACGAGAAGUGUCGCUGAAGGGCCUGUGCUCUGAUGAAACCACCAACCAAGGAUCCAGGGUACCCAAUGGCAGCCAGCAACUCGUAGACACUAAUGUGACCCCAAAGCAGACCGUUAAGGCCGGUGCUUUGGGGAAAGCCGGAAUCAAAACCAAGAACUUCAUUCAGAAAAAUAGCAUGGACAAAAAGAAUGAGAAGUCCUACGAAAACAAGCUUAGAGAAAGUCAGUCCUCAGACAAGCCGGAGGGAGUGUCUGUCCCAAACGGCGUGGUAACCAGUAACUCUAGCUACAUCACUAAUGGCUACGUAGGCAAAGGGGCCGAUAACGAUGGUAGCGGCUCUGAGAGUGGAUAUACUACGCCUAAGAAACGGAAAGGCAGGCGCAACAGUGCCAAGGGUUGUGAGAACUUGAAUCUAGUACAGGACAAAAUAAUGCAACAGGAGGUCAGUACACCAACUUUAAAACAGGAACUGGAGAGUUUCAAGCCUGAUUAUAGUGAACAAAAGGGGAACCGAAUUGAAAAUACUAAGCCUGUUUGGAAGUACGAGGCUGGGGCUGGUGGAGCAGGCCGAGGAAAGCCUGGGCUUGGGGAUGUACAGCGAAAAAACUCUGAUGCCAAACCUGGGAUUAGCAGCAAGAAGUUUGAUGACCGGCCCAAAGGGAAGCAUGCUUCAUCAGCUACGUCUAAAGAGGACUCAUGGACCUUAUUUAAGCCACCCCCAGUUUUUCCAGUGGACAAUAGCAGUGCUAAAAUUGUUCCCAAAAUAAGUUAUGCAAGUAAAGUUAAAGAAAACCUCAACAAAGCAGCUCAAACCCCAUCCACGUCAUCGUCAUCGUCUUCGUCAUCUGCCGGGGAAACUCAGGCCCAAACAUCAAGUCGACUGUCCCAAGUCCCCAUGUCUGCUAUGAAAUCUGUUACUUCUGCUAGCUUUUCAAACGGGCCAAUUUUAGCAGGGACUGAUGGAAAUGUAUAUUCUCCAGGGACCCAGCCACUGCUCACAACUGCUGCUAGUACUGUAACAUCAACCUCUUCUGAGUCAGUACCCCAGGACAUAAGUACAGUUUCGACAGCUCUCGAACAAAAGAAAUCUAGCCUUUUUAUCUACCCUUCAAAUAUGCAAACUGUGCUUCUGGGUACAGCGCAAGUCGACUUCCCAUCGCAGACAAAUCAGCAGAACCUGGGAGAUAUCUUCCAGAACCAGUGGGGCUUGUCGUUCAUAAACGAGCCCAGCGCUGGCCCCGAAACUGUUGUGGGGAAAUCUGCGGAUAAUCAGUUAAUGGAAGUGACAUUUCAAGGGGAAUAUCCUGCCACUUUGGUUUCACAGUGUGCUGAAAUCAUUCCCUCAGGAACUGAACAACCUGUGUUUCCUAAGGCUUACGAGCUGGAUAAACGGACUAGCCCUCCAAUUCUUAGCGCUAUUCUUAAGCCUGGGACUGCUGUCGAGGGUGGUGUAGCUUUGGAGUCGCAUCACGCCGGUGACCUGCAAAAGGCAGACACCGGUAGCCAAGGUGCUUUAGUGUUUCUUUCAAAAGACUAUGAAGUAGAGAAUCCUCUGGCCUCUCCCACGAACAAUUUGUUAGCCUCCGCCAAAGAACAGGGGUACCAGAGAGGCCUAGAAAGGAAAGAUAGCUGGGGUUCUUUUGACCUGAGUGCUGCUGUUAAAUAUCACACUAAAGAAAUGGAAUUGAUUUGGAAUUUGCAGAAGCAAGAUCCCAAAAGGAUAAUCACCUACGAUGAAGCCAUGGAUCACCCGGAUCAAUGAAGGUAGCAAGACAAGACUGCCUGUUAUAACCUUUCUGCAGCACUCGUGCUGUUCGUGGGGGACAAAAGGCUUUUAUGCUCCUUCUAAAUCUUCAGUGCAGCAGAGGAACCAUAACUAGAAUCACAGGAUAAUAUAUACAAAUAUAUAAUAUAGUUAUUUAAAAAUGGCGACUGAAAGUAAUUAGACUUCAUAAGGAAUCUGAAAACUUAUUUCAACGAGACUACACACGUGAUUAUUUAAUCUCCGGUACUGAAUAGAUUUUUUUUCUUUUUUUUGUUUUGUUUUUGUUUAAAGAGUGAAUGCAAGUGAUUAACAAACACAGACUCGAUUUACAAGCCCAGUUCUAAAGUUCCUGCUGUCGUCUACAUGGGCAACAGCAACCCACUGGAGAGGCAUUUCCACUUGACAAGGUUUCUGUUUCUUGUUCUGUGACUGUAGUGACACACUAAUCACAGGGAAAUCAGGAUGAUUCACCAUCCUUCAUCUCCCCUUUCCCUUCCACCUCCCCCCCUUUUUUUUCCUGUUUUGUUUUCCAUUGAAUGCUGGAGAAACACCUUGAAGUUUGCAGAGUUUUGGUUUUUUUUUUUUUUUCCAGAGAAUUAUAACACAGGUUUUUGCCAGGAGUAAAGCAGCCAGUCCUAUUUUGGGAAAAUUGUCUUAAAGCAUCGUUCUUCUGGGGGAAAGAUGGUAAUACUGCAGUCCUAGGAUGCAUGGUGAAGUCACACAGUUGACCUGGCUCCGGUUACACGUUGGACUAUUGCAACUGAAGAGUUGUUUCAUUUUAAAAGACAACAUGGAAAACUAAAUAAUUGGUUUAGGCAUUUAAUAUGGUUUAAAAAAAAUACAAAACAAAAAAAAAAACAACAAACACCACUGUUCCCACCGGUUAAUGCCAUUGUAUUGCUGGGAGCAAAAACAAAAAAAAAAUCUCUUGCUUUCAACGUAGGUGCUUCAUACUUGCUCUGUCUGUCUCCUAACACUACGUGUGCUGGAUUUUUUUUCCCAUUUUCAUUGAAAAACUAAAGUGGAAUUGAGUUCUGCUAAUGCUCACCCUUCUUUAAUUAUUUUUUCUCUUAAAAAAUUGAAAAAAAAAAAGGAGGAAAAAAAACACAAAAAUUUUAAAAAGAAAAAAAAAAAGAAAAAGAAAAAUGGGAACUUGAAUCCUUUUCGAUUUGUCCGUAGAUCACCGAUGGCUGGGCUCCCCGCACCUGCCCGUUGGAAACGCUCUUUUAUAUUUUAACGCAGUCUGUGUAUUUCCGGGCUCUGCUUCUAAUUAUCUCUUAAUAAAAAUAUAUUUUAUUACAAAAAUGGAGGGCUUAGGAAUGAAAAUAAUAAUGAUUUAAAAAAAAAAAUCCGAAAGAAAGGAGAGCUUUCUAGCAGUGGUAGAGAAGGCUGCUCAGCCUGCAGGCUCCAGCUGUGUAACCCGCUCUGUCCCGUUGCAGCUUGUGUGUGGCACGUCCAAACCGUCUGGGGGCUGCGUGGUUCUCGUGGGGGGGCUCCCGGUGGGAGGAUCGCAGGGUCCAACGCGAGAGCCAGCAGAGAAUAAUCCUGAAAGCAACCCCGAGGGGUUUCUGGCCCCUCUGAGCUCAGCGCCAGCUCGCGUGUGCCUGGGCACCCAGCUCAGCAGAGGUGCUGAAUCCUCCGAUGAGGCUGGAUCCUAUGGGGCAUUACAGGAAGCAGAGAAGCCCAAACCUUUUGCCUACCCCUCGUGCUUAGGUUUAUCCACUUUCUUUUUUUUUUUUUUUUGUUAACGACGAGUAUGUAGCAUGCAUUUUUAAUUGUUUUCGUUCUUUUAAUGAGAUUGUUCCUGGAUGAAGCGCUUAGGUUCACGGUGGGACAACGAAACUUAAUUCUGUACCUUUUGUAAGAUUGCUAGCUUUCUGCAAUGCUUAGUUUUAAAAGUUUGACUAUGGAUUGCCUACUCCAUUUUAUGUAUUAAGUGCUAUAUAGUAUAAUACCCUCGUAUGAUACUAUAUAGUAGCGAUGUAUUGUAUCAGUCCAAGCUCAGAAAUUUGUGGUUGGCCAGUCGCUGAUAGUUCUGUUUCACCUAUAAACUGUAUCACCCUUGCAGGUGUGUGUAACUUGCAGAUGUACAACAUGUUUACAGAUGUGCCCUACAUCUAGUCCUCCUGCGUUCCUAUUUUUACUUCUGUCGAGUCUCCCAACUGCUUGCCAAAAGUCGGAAUCGCCUCCCGCUCCCCUGCGAAAGAGCUGGGGCGUUCCUGAGCUUUAAGGUGUUGAACAAACUGGACAACGGGGCUGGUGGGAGGGGUAAGGAAGAAGAAAUCUUUUUUUAUUAGUAGUAUUUUCAAAAUGAAAAAAAGCGUUGAAGGCUGAUAGCAAAGUUUCCAGUUUGUUUUACUGGCUUUAAGGCUCUGCUGUGUAUUUAUUUGCCUUGUGUAGUCACUUGUCGCCUUAAGGGCUGGGUUCCAUUACAAAAAAAAAAAAAAAAAAAAAAAAGACAAAACCAAGACUUGUUUUGCUCCCCUGGGGGUCUGAGCUGUCCUGGUACCCUGCCCCGGCUAGGAGCUCUGAAGGAAGCACGGUGCACACGAUGGGUGGGUUCGCUGGUCCCCGACGUCCAUCCCCGCUGCUCUGUCUCGCGGCCGCGUGGCCCCGUGCCGGCCGUACCCAUGUAGAGACGCCUCCUCCACUGUGUCUCUGAACAUCCCCUCUUCAAACACCCGUCUGUCUGUCUGUCUGCACGAGCUCCUCGGCACGUGCUCAGCACUACGUGGUUAGGAAAUCCUCUUUCCGAGCUCUCGCGGUUGCAGCCCGCCGCCGAAGGCAGGGCAGGUUUGGUUAGGUAGUGCCCGGAGCCAGGCAGGACCGUGGAAGAAGCUUUCUCUGUGCUUUGUGUAACUCGCCCUGUCCGUCUGCAGUCCUCCCCAAGUCCUCACACAAUUCCUUACUGAGCACUUAUUAAAAAUAUCUUAAGAUUUAAUCCGUUUUCUGAUUAUUUUUGUGUAAACUUAUAAAAAAAAAAAAAAAAGUUAAAAUUGAGUUGUGACUAAUUUUAGCGCAUUGAAUUAAUGCUAAGGUGUACCUGAUCGGUCUCGUGGUUUGUUUGUUGGACUCAGAGUAUUAGUACUGUAGCAUAAACCAAAAACAGCCCGCAGGGGGUGCGCAGCCCCCUCCGCGGGGCUGGGCGCGGGGGCGUCCGUGGCGCGAGGAGAAGGAGCGCGUGUUUAUGGUGCCAUUGCUUUCAUUACGCUGAGCUGAGGAAGUUCAAAACAAAACCCCUUGAAUGUGUGUAGCGCUGGGAAGUGGCUCUAAGGGUGAAAUCACGACCUAUUUUUGUAAUGGCUACGAACUAAUUCAGGUUAAGGCUUCUUUCACCUUUCUGUUCUCGUUGGAGGCGCUACGCGUCCCUUUCCGCCCGGUUCCCCCUUUUUUUGGCUUCUUAUUUAUUUGAGUAGUGAUUCCUGCCCGAGACAGGGGACGUGCGGAUGCGUGGGCAUCCCUGCGGCGCUGCUUUCUCCUCUGGACAGAGGCUUGGUCUUUCCUCACCUCUCCUGCCUCCCCGGCAGGUCCUGUAGGGUGUCUUUUGGGGUCUCGUGUACCCGAGGCUCGGGCACGUGCUUUCUUGGCGGGUCGGGGAGCGCUUGGUCUGCUUCUAGAAGCUGCUCUGUGCUCUCCUCCCCCAGUAGAGGUUGUGCAGAGGAAGGUCCUCCAAGCCCCUCAGUCCCCUCUUCUGGGCCUGUUUGCCAGGUCUUCAGCUUUCGAGGUCUGGUUGCGUUUUGGUUUUGUUCUAAACCCAUCUGCAAAACCCAUUUCCGAAAUCUCCGAUUUCAGAAAUCUCUCCGGUAACGUGUAGCUCCAGCGUGUGCUUUCUGGUGCUCACCCGCUUCAACCCAUUGCCCUUUCUGAACCGCCAGCCCCGCUGUUUGCCUUCCCUCGCUGCUGUGAACUUCUUUUAAAUGUGAAUUUUCUUUUAAAAGAAAAUUCUCUCUGGGUUGUGAGCACGCCAGCUAUUUGACGGCCAGGGGUCGGUAACAGGGAGAGCCGGCUAGCUGAAUCAGAAGGGAAAUCACUUCCUGCUUGGAACAAAAUUUAGAGAUGGAAUUUGUCCUCUGAGCUGUGUGUGUACUUAGUGCUUUUCACCUUAAAAGAGAGCAUCACCUCAGCACGACAGCAUCCUUUCCAGAAGAGGCUGGCGGGUGACUGCGGGAGCACCUUGGGCUGAUUUCGGGACUGCUCAUACGCAGCCGGUAGCUUUCCCCUGCAUCCAGUUUUUGCUCUUGAUUCAGCAUUUUCAGUGAAUUGCCAAGGUGUCCGGAGCUUUCAGGAGUCUUGUCCCUAGAAGAUCUUUCUGUAUGUAUGUGUGUAGUGAUUUGUUUUCCGUGCAGAGGCUGUUUACAAGGGAGAUGAUUAAGGUCAAGAGGGGAGAGAAUGAAGCCAACGGUAAUUUAAAGCUGCUACAAAAUUUCGCCCGGGUGCAGAAGGCGGAGGAGGUCUGAGGCUGGGAGACUGCUGGCGUGAGGAAGGAGCGAGGGUAAUUCUGGCUUCGGCCACCACGAGGACGAGGUGUGUUCCUGCCUUUCCUUGUGAAAAAGCCCCAGCGCAGGCAGCCGAGAGCCGCGAGUCUGGACUCGGCGCGCAGGAGCGGAAGAUCUCGGUCUCCUCUGCCGGCUGCGCUGCCGUCCAGAGCUUACAGAGCUUUAGAAAUUUGCACAAUACGUAUCACACCACAGGGUAAGGCUGGCUUCCUUGUAUCCUGCUGGAGGUCCUCGCGAGUGGCAUCGCUCGGCAGCGCGGUGCCAGGAGAUGCGGGAGCGCUGCGCGCGGCCGCCCCUCGGUCUGCUCCAGGAACAAAAGUCGUUACCCGGUUACCCGUGGUGAUGCUUUCACCAGGUGGAUGCUUGACCUGUAUUUAUCUUGACUGUUAAUCAGAAAGCUUCAUUACGGCAUGUCCAGAGCUCUAAAGCCAUUUUGUAAGAUAGCAGUAUCCCUUUUCUACAGCCUUAUUAAUGAGUAGAGUAUCUUUAAAAGAAAAAGAAAAAAAAAAAAACUAGUUCAUUUCUUUCUGUGGUAUGAACUUGUGUACUGCGAACAUAUGAACGUUAGCAAAAAUAAAACUUACAGU